AAAAAAAAUCUUGGUCGUCUCGUCGUCAUCGCCUCGUCGCCUCAUCUCGAUCUCGUCGAUUCUAUCCGAGCAGUAGACUAGGGUUUUUGCUGCUCGAGCGGAGAGCAGAUGGGGAAGGACUCCAAGCCGAAGGACAAGGGGAAGGGCAAGCAGGCUGCCGGCUCGUCCGGCGGCGAUGACGCCGGCGGCGGCGGCAAGGGAGGCAAGGGCAAGGGCGGCAAGUCCGCCGACGGCCUCGGCACCUGCACCUACGUCAAAGCUAGGCACGUACUGUGCGAGAAGCAAGGGAAGAUCAAUGAAGCUUACAAGAAGUUGCAGGAUGGCUGGUUGGACAACGGGGACAAGGUCCCUCCUGCCGAGUUUGCAAAGAUAGCCCAAGAAUACUCUGAAUGUCCAUCUGGAAAGAAAGGUGGAGAUCUUGGAUGGUUCCCGCGUGGAAAAAUGGCUGGCCCUUUUCAGGAUGUUGCAUUUAGCACACCUGUGGGAGCUACUAGCGCACCAUUUAAGUCAACGCAUGGGUACCACUUCAUCCUCUGUGAAGGAAGGAAGAACUGAUCAGUCUGCUUCAGGUUGGAACAGAAGCACCUCAGUCUAUACAAGAUGCAGAUGCCUCGUGUCUCUGUCAACUUAAUAAGCACUGAAUGACGGGCAUCCAUAUUCUAUGUUUAGCCUUUCUAAUGCUCUCUGAAAGAGUCUUGAAAAACUGUGCUUUCUGUAAGUAACCUGUGGUGUCAAGCAUGACAUCUAUUUGGGAUAUGCUGAGAUUUAGCAUUUGUCUGUGUCUCUUAUCUAAUUGGCAUCUUGUUAGCUAUUGUUAUGUCUCUAAUUGGAUGGUUCCUCCUCUUACGACAAGGCGGGUCUUGCCUGAAAAUUAGAAAAUGCGUAAACCUUGUGCGCCAUAUAAGCAA